AUGUCCAUCUUCGGCCGCUCGACGUACUCCUCUGCUGGGUAUGCUGCCUUUCGGCCCUCAUAUCCCUCGGUUCUUUACGACCGGGUGUUGAGAUUUCACGGCAAAGAGGCCCCUUCCUUCCCAUCACCAUCGUCGUCUUCGCCGGCAGCUGGAACACUGCUGGACCUUGGCUGCGGACAUGGCUUGGUGGCGCGCGCACUCGCUCCCUAUUUCAGCCGUGUUAUCGCCCUUGAUCCUUCGGCCGGCAUGAUUGAACAGGCUCGCAAGCUGACCGGCGACAACUCCAAGAUUACGUUCAAGCAAGGCGGAGCCGAGGACCUUUCAUUCCUUGACGACAAUGCCGUUGACUGUGUGGUUGCUGGUCAAGCGGCGCAUUGGUUUGACUACUCCAAGGUCUGGCCAGCACUUGCACGGGUCGUGAAGCGCGGCGGAACCCUGGCUUUCUGGGGUUACAAGGAUCACAUCAUCGUUGGGCGGCCGGAAACAACGCCCAUCUUUGACAGGUUCAUCUACGGCGAGACGGAGCCGGUGCCGGGCGUGGAAAGCAUGAUGCGCUUUUGGGAACAACCCGGCCGGAACAUAUUACGGGAUUCACUGCGGGAGGUAGUCCCUCCCGAGUCGGAAUGGGAACAUGUGGUCCGCAUUGCUUGGGAUCCCAAUCAUGAGACGGGCGACAUUAGCGAUGCUCCGGAAGAGGCCACUUGGUUGCGUCGGAGGCUCAAGUUGGGCGAGUUGGCGAGCUAUAUUCGCACGUUCAGUGCCUUCAGUGGUUGGAGAAGCGCCCAUCCCGAGAUGAAGUGCAGGGCGGACGGAGGAGAGGGCGACAUUGUUGACUUGAUGUUUGACGAGGUUAUUGCUGCGGUGCCGGAAUGGAAAGCGGCGGGAGAUCGAUGGGCCGAAAUCGAGGUUGAUGCUGUUUGGGGAACCGCUUUGUUGAUGGCGAAGAGACGAUGAAUUGGUAGUGUAUGAUUAUUAGAAUCACGGUAAAUCCGUCAACGUGUGUGCUACCUCUUUUGAUAGGAUAGUAUCAGAAUCCAGGAGGAGACGAUACUGUAC